UGGUCCGGGGCGUCAGAGGGCGGGGUCUUGUGCGCGUGGCGGAACCUGCUAGUGGAGCGGAAGUGUGGCUCCGGAGUGAGCCUCGGAGUGUAGCAAUGGCACCUCCGGGAGGAAAGAUCAAUCGUCCUCGGACGGAGCUGAAAAAGAAGUUGUUCAAGCGCCGCAGGGUACUAAGCAGGGAUCGGCGACGGAAGCGCCUGGUGGUCGGGGCUGUGAUAGACGAAGGGCUGACUACGAAACACCACCUCAAGAAACGUGCAUCCAGUGCACGAGCCAACAUCACGCUCUCUGGGAAGAAGCGCAGGAAACUCUUGCAGCAGAUCCGACUUGCCCAGAAAGAAAAAGCAGCCAUGGAAGGUAAAUCUGGGGCACAGAGGUUCCACAAAAAGAAGUCUGGAUUUUACCUGAGUUUUAUCUUUUUUUUUUUUUUUUUUUUUGGUUCUAUUUUUCGGAGCAGGGGACCGAACCCAGGGCCUUGCGCUUCCUAGGCAAGCGCUCUACCACUGAGCUAAAUCCCCAACCCCAUGGGGAGUUUUAUCUUUAAUGCUUCCUUUUUCUUUUUGUUCAGUGGAAGUUCUCUCCACGUCAACCGGGACUAGUCAGCCAAAGCCCAAACGACAAAAGAAGACACAAGCUCCCCAGGACGUAGAUAUGGAAGAUCUUGAGGAUAAAAGAUAAAGUUCCUACCUCUUCUACCAGAAGAUUCUCAACAGCACCUACAAGGAUUUGGAGGACUUUGGAAAAAAAUAUCACCAUAUUUCAUUCUCCCAGACACCUCUUCUAUAAUGGACCCUUGAUCUCCCCUGGAGGUAUAUAUUGGGAUUGAAGAGGACAGAGAAAGACUGGAGAGGGCCCUCUCUAGCAGUUAACUCCUUUUGUAAUAAAGCUCUAGUGCUUUAA